GCAAAAAGAGCACGUCGUCAUAAUCGGAACUAUUUUUUACAUCGAGUAACAACGGCAGCGAAAAUCCGUGAAAUUCAUUUUAAUAUUUACAAUGCCUAAAGUCAAACGAAGUAGAAAGCCGCCUCCAGACGGAUGGGAACUGAUUGAACCUACUUUAGACGAAUUGGAGGCCAAAAUGAGAGAAGCUGAAACAGACCCCCAUGAAGGCAAGCGUAAAGUGGAAGCUCUGUGGCCAAUCUUCCGUCUUCACCAUCAGCGUUCCAGAUACAUCUAUGACCUUUUUUACAGAAGAAAAGCCAUAAGCAGAGAACUUUAUGAGUAUUGUCUCAAAGAGAAUAUUGCGGACAAGAAUCUGAUUGCUAAGUGGAAGAAGCAGGGCUAUGAGAACCUCUGCUGUCUGCGCUGCAUCCAGGCCCGGGACACAAACUUCGGCACCAACUGCAUCUGCAGAGUACCCAAGAGCAAGUUAGAAGCGGGUAAGAUAGUGGAGUGUAUCCAUUGUGGCUGCAGAGGGUGUUCUGGCUAGAUGUCUGACACCCACAUGUGAUACUGAGUAAAGGGCGUGUUGACUUCAUGUACAUUUGCAGUCUUGACAAAGAUCAUUAUCUGCCGAAGUCUUUCAGCCAAGACAUGUGAAAUAAUAUCUGAUGCAUCAAACAUGUUGCAUGGAACAGAUACAAGUAGACAUUUUUAUUGUUUUAUGUCAGGUGUACAUGUUUGUUAAUAUUUUUAUGCUGUAACAAAAAAUGUGUUAAUAUUUUAACAAGAUUUUGACAAGUGUGACUUAGAUAAUGUUUAUUAUAAUGUAUCCUUUUGUAAAUUUUAUUAUGCCCCCCUUCGAAGAAGAGGGGGUAUAUUGUUUUGCACAUGUCGGUCGGUCGGCCCGUUGGUUGGUUGGUCGGUCCGUCCACCAAAUGGUUUCCAGAUGAUAACUCAAGAUCGCUUACGCCUAGGAUCAUGAAACUUCAUAGGUACAUUGAUGACUUGCAGAUGACCCCUAUUGAUUUUCAGGUCACUAGGUCAAAGGUCAAGGUCACAGUGACUCGAUCCAGUAAAACGGUUUCCGGAUGAUAACUCCAAAACGCAUAAGCAUAGGAUCAUGAAACUUCUUGGUACAUUGAUAACGACUGGCAGAUGGCCCCUAUUGAUUUUCAGGUCACUAGGUCCAAGGUCAAGGUCACGGUGACCCGAAAUAGUAAAAUGGUUUCCGGAUGAUAACUCAAGAAUGCUUACGCCUAGGAUCGUGAAACUUUAUAUGGGGGGGCAUGCAUGUUUUACAAACAGCCCUUGUUUAAUAUUGUUUCUUAUAGAAAGCUGCUGAAGCAAAAGAGCAACAUGAAAACAUUGUUUAAAAUUUUAAUUUAUAGAACUAUAGAAAUUCAAUUCAUUAGAGUAAGGCAAUUUAACAAAACUACAUUUUCAAUUUGUGUUUCUAUUAUAACUUGUUAAUUUGAAAACAUGUUUAUCCUUUCCAUUGUUUUUUACUUUUUUUUGUUGGCCAUGUGUAAUUAUUUGGAACAGUAUAUGUUUAUACUGUUAUUAGUAAAAAAAGCCCUGAUUAUGUUUGACAAUUUACAGUAACAACUAACCAUUUUUACGCCCACCUUCAAAGAAGAGAGGGUAUAUUGUUUUGCUCAUGAUGGUCUGUCUGUAUGCCCGUCCGUCCACCAGAUGGUUCCGGAUGAUAACUCAAGAAAACUAAUGGCUACGAUCAUGAAACUUCAUAGGUAACUUGAUCACGACUCGCAGAUGACCCCUAUUGAUUUUGAGGUCACUAGGUCAAAGGUUAAGGUCAUGAUGAC